ACUCUAUUUUACUUAUCCUCUCCUCCCCUCAUCUUCCCUUCUUUUCCUCAUCCUCAAUUCCUCUUUCCCUCUCCCCACGAUCCCUGCUGAGCCGGGAUCGCUGUAUAUUAUCAUCCGUCUACCUUGACCGGUUUCGUCAUUAUCAUUUUCUUUCUUUUAUUUAACGACGUUACGAUCUGGUGCUUCCAUAAUGGCCACCGUUGAGGCAGUAUCUGCCCCCCUCGAUGCCCCCAUCGAAAACGGCCUCGCUUCCCCUACACAAUCAACCGGCCCCUCCGCAGCCGCCAAAAAGAAGAACAAGAACAAGAAGAAGAAGAAGAAUAACAAGUCCGUCUCGGCGCCUGCUCCCGAUGUCGCCGAUGCCGCCGUCUCUAAAGAAAAUGGUGUGUCGGAACUCCCGGAUGCUGCCGCUCCCGUUUCCGCUCCCGAGGCCGACGACUCCGUGAAGGCGCCGGCUGUGCAGGAGCCUGAGGCUCCUGCCCCGGUUGAGGAGUCCGCUCCCGUCGAGGAAUCCGCUCCGAUCGAGGAAUCCGCUCCCGUCAAGGCCCCGGCCGUUCAGCUGGAUGAACCCAUCGUCGAGGCCAAGCCCGAACCUACUCCCGAGCAGCCUGUCGAGGCCCCCGUUGAGGCCCCCGUCGAAGAGUCCAAGCCCGAGGAACCCGCUGCUGAGCCGGCCGUCGCUCCGGUCGAAGAGACUCAGGAACCCGAGAAGGCUGCCGAGGUGACACCUGCCGAGGAGGUCAAGGCUGAGGAAACUCCUGUCGCUGAGGAAGUGAAGCCUGUUGAAGAGGCUAAGCUGGAGGAAACUCCGGUUGCUGAGGAGGUUAAGCCCGUCGAAGAAGUCAAGGCUGAGGAAGUUCCUGUCGCCGAAGAGGUCAAGCCUGCUGAAGAGGCUAAGCUUGAAGAAGCUCCCAUUGCCGAAGAGGUCAAGCCUGUGGAGGAAAUCAAGGCCGAGGCAGCUCCCGUCGCUGAGGAAGUGAAGCCUGUGGAGGAGGCCAAGGUUGAGGAAACUCCCAUCGCCGAAGAGGUGAAGCCUGUGGAGGAAGCCAAGGCCGAGGAAGUACCGGUCGCCGAGGAGGUCAAGCCUGUUGAGGAAAUUAAGGCCGAGGAAACUCCCGUCGCUGAAGAGGUCAAGCCUGUUGAAGAGGCUAAGCUUGAAGAAGCUCCCAUCGCUGAGGAAGUGAAGCCUGUGGAGGAGGCCAAGGUUGAGGAAACUCCCGUCGCCGAAGAGGUCAAGCCUGUGGAGGAGGCCAAGCCGGAAGAAACUCUGGUUGCUGAGGAAGUGAAGCCCCUCGAAGAAAUCAAGGUUGAGGAAACUCCCGUCGCCGAAGAGGUCAAGCCUGUUGAAGAGACUAAGCUUGAAGAAGCUCCCAUCGCUGAAGAGGUGAAGCCUGUGGAGGAGACCAAGGUUGAGGAAGCUCCAGUUGCCGAAGAGGUUAAGCCCGUUGAAGAGGCUAAGCCGGAAGAAACCCCGGCUGCCGAAGAACUCAAGCCCGUGGAGGAAUCUAAGGAGGAAAUUCAGCCUGCGGAAGAAGUGAAGCCCGUGGAAGAGGCUAAGGCUGAAGAGGUCCUGGUUGCUCAAGAAGUGGCACCUGUGGAGGAAACCAAGGCGGCUGAUAAGGUUCCGGUUCCUGAAGAGGUCAAGCCUGUAGAGGAAACCAAGCUGGAAGAGGUUCCCGCCGCCGAGGAGGUGAAGCCUGUUGAGGAAACCAAGCCUGAAGAAGCUCAGGUUCCCGAGGAGGUUAAGCCUAUCGAGGAGAUCAAGGCUGCUGAGGAAGUUCCCGUCGCCGAGGAGGUUAAACCUGUAGAGGAGACCAAGUCAGAGGAAGUGCCCGUCGCUGAAGAGGUGAAGCCUAUCGAGGAGGCCAAGCCUGCCCAGGAGGUUCAAGUUCCUGAGGAGGUUAAGCCUGUUGAGGAAACCAAACCCGCAGAGGAGGUUUCGGUCGCCGAGGAGGUUAAGUCUGUGGUGGAGGAGACUAAACCCGCCGAGGCAGUUCAGGUUCCUGAAGAGGUCAAGCCUAUCGAAGAAGCCAAGCCUGCUGAAGAGGUCCCCGUCGCCGAAGAGGUGAAGCCUGUCGAAGAAGCCAAGCCUGCCGAAGAGGUUCAGGUUCCUGAGGAAGUCAAACCUGUCGAAGAGACCAAGGCCGUCGAGGAAGUUCAGGUUCCUGAAGAGGUGAAGCCUGUCGAAGAAGCCAAGCCUGCCGAGGAGGUUCAGGUUCCUGAGGAAGUCAAGCCUGUCGAAGAGACCAAGGCCGCAGUGGAGGCACCCAUCGCCGAGGAGGUCAAGCCGGUGGAGGAGACUAAGCCUGCUGAGGAGGUCCCCGUUGCUGAGGAGGUGCCUCCUGUCGAGGAAGCCAAGCCUACGGAAGAGGUCCCGGUUGCUGAGGAGGUCAAGCCCGUGGAGGAGACCAAGCCUGCCGAGGAGGUCCCGGCUCCCGAGGAGGUCAAGCCUGUCGAGGAAGCCAAGCCUUCCGAAGAGGUUCAACCCGCCGAAGAAGUCAAGCCGGUGGAGGAGACCAAGCCCGAAGAAGUUCCGGUUGCUGAAGAAGUGAAGCCUGUUGAGGAGGCUAAGCCUACCGAAGAGGUUCAGCCUGCCGAGGAGGUUGCUCCCGUGGAGGAAAGCAAGCCUAUUGAGGUUCAACCUGCUGAGGAGGUUAAGCCUGCUGAAUCUGCUGUCGAACAAGUUCCUGAGGAGCCCGUCGCGACUAAGGUUGAGGAGCCCGUCGAGGAGUCUGCCAAGGAAGAGCCUCGCGUUGAGGAGCCCGUCAAGGAGGAACCCUCCAAGGAGGAGCCUACUGUCGAGGAGCCUGUCAAGGAGCCUGUUGUUGAAGAACCUGUCAAGGAUGAAGCCCCCGAGUCUGCCUCCAAAGACAUCGCUCCCGAAGUCGCUGCUGCCACUGGUGCCGCCGCGGUCGGUGUGGCAGCGGGUGCAGUCGCCGCUGCGGCAUCCGAGAAGUCAACCAACGAAGACAAGCUUUCCGCCCCUGCCCAGCCUGCGGCCAAUGAACCGCCCACCCCCGAGCCCGAAGCCGAUCCGGCUCUUGUGGCGCUGGCCGGGGACCGUGAGGCUCUCCUUCAGCAGCUGGGCUCUCCGUCUUCCGAACGGCUGCCCCCGGUUGCCGUCAAGGACGACGCCAAGGACGCCCAAGCCGACAAGCCGCAGCAGCCCACCGUGGAGACUCCGGCUGAGCCGUCCGACUCGACGAAACUGUCUCCUGAGGCCGCGGCCAAGAGCGGACAGACCUCUCGCGCGACCAGCCAGAACCGAUCCGUGGGCGCCGUGUCGCUCCACAACCAGCAGGGCGAAAGCUGGCUGAAGAGCUUCUUCCGCGUGGUGUUUGUGGACUUUUUCGGGGUGAUCUUCUCGCCCUUCCGCCGUCGUGGUAGGCAGUAAAUAGACUGGGGCAUGAGCCUGAGGUUGAUACAGUCUGGCUGAUCUGGUAUGUUGUCUACAUA